AAUUUUCAAGUUCAAAGAUAUGUACCGGUAAGAUAUGCGAAUAUCGCUUUAUCAUCCGCGAAGCCCUCACAAUGACCUAUGCUACAAAGAACACAAAGGAACGAGAUGAAACCUACAAUGUAAGAAUAGCUGAAAAUGGCAGUUUGGAGCUAUUUCCAAAUGACUAUCAUAGACAGGUUCCUGACAUAGUUGUUCCAGCUGACAAGGUACAUACAGUGGACGGUCAUACGAGAACUAUUAUAACAAUCAACGACCAAUUUCCUGGACCUGCCAUCGAGGUCAUGCAAGGAGCUCAGGUAGUGGUAACAGUGUUGAAUGAACUUCAACUUGACGGUCUUACGAUUCAUUUCCAUGGCAUUCACAUGAAAUACAACCCUUGGAUGGAUGGAACUGCGCAUGUCUCGCAAUGUCCCAUUGGGCCUAAACAAAGCUUUCAGUACCGAUUUGUUGCCAAUCCAGCAGGWACGCACUGGUAUCAUUCACAUUUAGAGGCACARCGAGCUGACGGCUUGUUUGGACCAUUGAUUGUUCACAGAUCAAGUAUUCCAAGUCUUCCAUACUCCUCAAUGAUGAUUCAUGAUUGGUAUUCUAUGAUGUCAAGUGAAAUCCUYCUCAGAAGCCCUUUUUUCCUUCCCACCCCGGGACCUGGAGAUGUAUUUAGAGACCGCUAUACCCGAAAUUAUCUAUUUGACGGAUCUGAGUCAACUGCUCUUCAAUACCGGUCAAGUCUCAUAAAUGGUAAAGGAAGACAUGGAAACAACAGCGCACCUCUCAGCAUAUUCACUGUCAAACAGGGCCAGAAACAUCGCUUUCAUGUGAUAUUUGCAAGCCUAGAGUAUUAUCAUAGCUUUUCAAUAGACCAACACAAACUGACAGUUAUCGAGUCGGAUGGCCACCCCGUCAAACCGGUCACCGUGRACUCUCUCAUCGGAUAUAUGGGGGAACGUUAUGUUGUCGAGAUCACUGCCAACCAGUCCGUAGGUCAAUACUGGAUUAGAGGCACAGUCAUGAAAACGGGUAAAAGCCGACACCCAGUACCUGAAGGGAGGGAAGACGAGGUGCUAGCGGUUUUGCGGUACAAAGAGGGAACACAUUAUGGCGAGCCGAAGACGAGUUCAAGUGAUUGCACUAGAGAUGAUCCAUGUAAAGUUCUCAAUUGUGCUUGGACAAACUACAAUAAAGCRUGGUACCCUAACCGUGUUUGCAUCCCAUUAAAUGAUCUCAGACACGAUACUAGUGUGGAAGUAAACCAAGAGAAUCUUAACGGAAGUGACGUCAGAGAGAUAUUUCUUAACCUCGAUUUCCCGAUAGGAUCGUCAAUUAAUCACCAUAGACACGUGUUUCCCCGAGGAGCGCUAUUUCAAGAGCCAAGCACGUGGGGAAUUACGCCCUGUACACGURAUUGUACUGAAAAAGGUUGCUUGUGUACUCACGUGAUCAAUCUCCCAGCCAAUCGAAUCAUUCAGUUGGUAAUGACGUCGAACAGAAGGGCRAUUGGCAAUGAAGAUGUAGUGCUUCCCAUGCAUCACCCUAUUCAUCUCCAUGGAUACAGUUUCCAGGUUGUCAAGAUUGGUUUCGCCAUUGCUAGUAAUCAAACAGGUAGAAUAGAACAACCCAACCCAGACAUCGUAUGCCAAAAUGAUAUCUGCAGUCAACAACACUGGUCACCGGGCCAACCCGAAGGRCUCAACUUCAAGGACCCACCGGUAAAAGAUACUGUGAUUGUUCCUGCCUGGGGGUAUACGGUAGUACGGUUUCGUACAGAUAACCCGGGAUACUGGCUUCUCCAUUGCCACCAGCUACUUCACCACAUGGAAGGAAUGGCUCUCAUCUUCAACGUUUCUUCUGGAAUUCCGCCAGCACCCAAGGAUUUCCCUACAUGUCAGGACUUCAGCAUGAAUAAAGAAGAGUUUGACUUCAUGUUAGAGUAUAAUCAGCAAUGUGCUAUUCGAGGCGGCUGUGGACAGCAAGUGAGCAGAGCCAAAGCAAAUGCUGGUCUCCCGAUACUGAUACUGGUAAUGUUAUGUAUAUCAGGUAUAGGCAUGAUGAUGYUGGCAAUAUCAAUUACAAUUGCUUUAUUUGUCACAUUGAUAUGCUAGUUCAGUUCUGAAAAUCUAAUACAUGGACUCAAAGCACAGUGACACACAAAACACCCUAAACAUAACAAUGACAUGUUGCUAUUGAUGUGUUUUGGUAUUGUGAAAUAAAAUUAAAUAAACAACCAGCUAUCUCAUACUUUGUUCUGCUAUUUCAAUUUCAAUCAAUUGUGUUUCUUAGACUACCAUUUGGAUUGCAAAAUCAAGUUCAUAAGUUUCCAACAAAACUGCAGGACGGU